AUGCCCAAAUCCCGGAAACUCCAGCGUGUCUCCAGCCGUGGUGAGUGCGCGCGCGGAGGCGAACCCUGCUCGGGGUGCGCGGGGGCUGCGUCCGCCGGAGUUGGGGCUCGGGCAGUUUCCUGUGGAUUCUCGGAGUGGAGGGUUGAUUGUCUGGACCCGGGAACUGAAGGGAUGGGGAGGGGACUAGGAGGGUGUGACUGCGGAGCUGGGACUGAAGACCCUAGGAUUCAUAGUGAGACUCCUUCCUUAGCCGCGGCGACCACCCGGGGCUUUGGGAGAGGAAGAAGGUCGGGGUUGAGGUUCGGGCUUAGGGGUCUUUGGCCGACACUGGAGGAGCUGCCUGGAGCUCUGCGGGGAACCUACGCCAAGUCCCGGGCAGCGAUUCCCGAAAGCAACCCCAGUGACAUUGCACCCGGCACCGGGCUGGAAUCUCCCCCGCUGGGGCCGCCCGUGGGAGGAGAUCUCGCUGGGUGGCCGGGCUCAGGCGCUCUCGAGCGGAUUUGGGGUCACAGGCUGGGUCACCGCGGAGGCCGCCAGUGUUCUGGAGGAGCAGCCGUGGGACAGUAUCCGGAUCGAGUCCCCCAAUCCGCUGCGAGCAGGCGAAGACCUGGGAGCCGGUACCAUUUUCAGAUUUCAUCUUCCUGAACUGGAAAUGCGAAUGAGAGGAAAUUAACAUCCCCAAGAGCUGCAGUGAGCAAACGCAUUGAGCUUGGGUCAGGACAAUUCCAUUUGGGGACCAGAGAUGGACGGUCACUCAGUCUGUGGAGGUAAGUGACUAAUCUGUCUGCAGCACAAGUGAGAUGUGCUACCUUUUCUGUUUUGUUUUGUUUUCCAUUGAUUAUGUUACAUGGAGGAUGUGGAAGAUGUUCUCCUAUUUCUUGGUGUCUGAAACAUGUCCUGCUUGUCCAGAAACAUGCCAUUAAGAGGAGUUCCCAUGGCAGGGGAAUACAGUAUCCCUCAGGAGAAAGAUGCAGAUUGUUAGUAUCUAGCAGCCUUUCUUUUUCUUAAAUGGAGAGUUUUCUGAUCUCUCAUGAACACUGGUAAGUAAAAACCUGAAUUCAGAUAAUCCUUUGAUGACAAGUGCCUGUCAUCCCGAAGAAGGCCUGGCACGACACUCUGGUGUGUCCUAGAGCAAGUGUCAGCAAACUGUGGCCUACGGGACAAGCCUGGCCCAGCCUGCCUUUGUAAAUAAAGCUUCGCUGGUGCCCCGCCAUGCUCAUUUGUUCAGGUGUCAUGUACGGCUGUUUUCACACUGCGGCAGCCUGACUGAGUCAUUACCAUAGAGACUGUGUGGCUGCAAAGUCUGACGUAUUUGUUCCCUGGUCCUUAACAGAAAAGGUGUUGCAACCUCUGUUCUACAGCUGAGCUGUCCACACAGAGCCACUCCAUAUGGGGAUAUGGAAAUUUUAAUUAAAAUGAAAUAAUAUGAAGAAUUCAGGGCUCAGUCACAUCACAUUUCAUGUGCUUAGUAGCCACAUGUUGCUUAUGGGUACCCAUGGACAGUGCAGAUAGAGGACAUUUUUAUCAGUGCAGAGUUAGCUUGGGAAACAUUGAGAUCACCCGGGAUGUGUCACUUCACUCUUCUGGUCUCUAACCGAGCUUGGGCAUAAUUGCAAUCAUUGCAGAAGAAGAAGGAAGGCUGAUGUCUGUGAGUGUGUAUAGCUGUUUUCUAUAUGAUUACUGGCAAGGGCCUCUCUCUCUCUCUUGUGUGCACUCUCUCACUCUCUCUCUCGUAUAAGAAUGGAGUAGCUUUUAACAUUUCUUUGGGAGCCAUCUUGUGGUGUCUGUUUGUGACUCCAUGUAAAACAAAUCCACUUGGGCCUUGGGGUUUAUUCGUUUUAUUUAUACAAGUAGAUAUGGAUGUGAGCUUGAGCCCUUCUGGGGUCCCAGGUAGGUCAGGGGCCAUGUGGGGCCUCCUCUAAAGGGGAAGAAGCAAUGGCUUCCACGUUCCCAAGGGGUAAAUAUAUGGGCAAGAGCGAUAAGAAACAAGGAGAGGAAGAAAAUGAGCGGAAAAUGUGGCAUGUGUGAGUCUUAGAAGAAUGAGGAAGAAUGGAGACAAAAGACAAUAUGGUUCCUGGAUAUGGUCAUAGGUUUACUUUGAAAGAACAUGUUGAACAAAGUAAUGAUGCUUGGGAAUAUACCACAUCUCAGAAUUGUGCUGAACACAGACAGUUCUAUACGAUAGACAGGUGGGGGAGAGCCUUGGACCUGGAGCUAGCUCACCAUCUUAGAUGGGACAAGACUGGGGACAUAACAGGAGGUUCUGCUUGGUGCAUAAACCAAUGCAAGUGGGAAUAACAAGGGCUGAUCAUUGAGAUGCACAGUUUGUAUGGAAGGGACCCAAGAAAGAAGAGAGAAGAGACUCUAGAUGGCCAACAGGUCUGGGCAAAGGCCCUACGUUUGGCAUUUAGAAGCUGGGCUUUCUUAUGUUUGGGUUACC